CUCCUCCCGCGGCAGGGGCGGGGCCGUGGGGAGUCCCCGAGGAUGGAUGCCGUCGCCGGAGAGAUGAGGGGUAGUGUGGGUCUUGAAGCCCUGAAAAGAAGCGGGUGGUGCUUAUGACUGGGGAGCGUCCCGUGGGCAGGCCAAAGCUGGGGAACUCGCGUUUCCCUCUGCAGCAGGAUGCAGUCUUACCGCGGCCUCGCACCUCUCUCGGUCUCCGGUCUUCUCCGGGACCCAGAUCGUAUGUUUUACUUCCGGUUCCCUUGGCUACGACACCGGAAGCCGGAAGCGGGGGGUUAAACAGCGGGGAAGGGAAGGGCGACCGCUGAACCGGGACCUUCUUGGAACGCCGGGGUCCUCAGAGCUCUCGGAGCCCUCUGCUCCUGUCCCGCUCACUCUAACCAACUCUGCUGACAGACCGUGACUUGGAUGAACAGGCAGCCCUGGAAGAACCAGCUGUGUGAGAUGGUGCAGCCCAGCGGCGGCCCGGCAGGGGACCAGGACGUGCUGCCUGAAGAGUCUUCUCUGGGGAAGCCGGCCAUGCUGCAUCUGCCCGCAGAGCAGGGUGCUCCUGACACUCUCCAGCGCUGUCUGGAGGAGAACCAAGAGCUCCGAGAUGCCAUCCGGCAGAGCAACCAGAUGCUGCGGGAGCGCUGUGAGGAGCUGCUGCGUUUCCAGGUCAGCCAGAGGGAGGAGAAGGAGUUCCUCCUGUGCAAGUUCCAGGAGGCCAGGAAACUGGUGGAGAGACUGAACCUGGAGAAGCUCGACCUGAAGAGGCAGAGAGAACAGGCCCUGCAGGAGGUGGAGCACCUGAAGAGAUGCCAGCAGCAGAUGGCUGAGGACAAGGCCUCUGUGAAAGCUCAGGUGACAUCCUUGCUGGGGGAGCUCCAGGAGAGCCAGAGUCGCUUGGAGGCUGCCACCAAGGAGCGACAGGCUUUGGAGGGCAGGGCCCGGGCGGCCAGUGAGCAGGCCAGGCAGCUGGAGAGUGAGCGGGAGGCGCUGCAGCAGCAGCACAGCGUGCAGGUGGACCAGCUGCGCAUGCAGAGCCAGAGCGUGGAGGCCGCCCUCCGCAUGGAGCGCCAGGCUGCCUCAGAGGAAAAGCGGAAGCUGGCCCAGUUGCAGGUGGCAUAUCACCAGCUCUUCCAAGACUAUGACAACCACAUCAAGAACAGCAUGGUGAGCGGUGAGCGGAAGCGGGGGAUGCAGCUGGAGGAUCUGAAGCAGCAGCUCCGGCAGGCCGAGGAGGCCCUGGUGGCCAAGCAAGAAGUGAUUGACAAGUUGAAGGAGGAGGCCGAGCAGCACAAGAUGGUGAUGGAGACCGUGCCAGUCCUGAAGGCCCAGGCGGAUAUCUACAAGGCAGACUUCCAGGCUGAGAGGCAGGCCCGGGAGAAGUUGGCUGAAAAGAAGGAGCUGCUGCAGGAGCAGCUGGAGCAGUUGCAGAGGGAAUACAGCAAGCUGAAGGCCAGCUGUCAGGAGUCAGCCAGGAUUGAGGAUAUGAGGAAGCGGCAUGUAGAGGUCUCCCAGCCCCCUCUGCCCCCUGCCCCAGCCCACCACUCCUUCUAUCUGACGCUGAGCAACCAGAGGAGAAGCCCCCCAGAGGAGCCACCCGACUUCUGUUGUCCUAAGUGCCAAUAUCAGGCUCCCGAUAUGGACACCCUGCAGAUACACGUCAUGGAGUGCAUUGAGUAGGGCCAGCGCACUCAAAGGCCGCUGCAGACGCCAUGCCCAGGACUGUACCUUGCCCAGAGCUAAGGACUAGUGAGAAAGAGUGGUUGCUGCGUCAAUCCCCUGGAGCUGGCCGCGGGCCUGCACUCCAGCCCUCGGGUCUGCUGGGUCACAUCUCACAUGGUGCAUGGAGCCGCAGAUAGGCCUGGUGCUCUACUCUUUUUGUACCCAUCCUUCUGCUUGAACCACUUGCCUCUGGGGCUGAUCCUUUCCUCUUCUUCCCUCUCCUCCUCCCCAGUCUCCCACCCCCACUCCCUGCCCAAGUCAGGAGUGGAGGCUAGGGGCCCUCAGGGAGAUCUUCCUGCCAGCACUGACUCAGCCUCUCCUCUUGGGCUGUGUGGUGUCCAUUGUGUGACCAGGCCACACUGUGUGUAACAGUGUUGGUGCUGCUUCCAGUCUUCUUGUUGUCAGAAAACAUCCUUGUGCAUUAUUCACGUGUCUUGGCAGCAGCACUGCAACCCCUCUCUCCCUGGAGCUUGAUUUUCUGCUCCCAUGGUUUGUCUGUACCCUUGACACGGAGGAGGAGGGUAAACCUUCUGCGUUUUGCUAUCGGCUAAUGGCGUUAAGUGUCUUCAGAGUUGAAGGCCCUUUUCAGUUCCUCUGUUGGGAAUGGGCUAUUGGUACCUUUUAUACAUUUUCCUAUUCAGACAUUAGGUUUUGUUCCUUGGUUUUUAGAAGGUGGUUGGUCAUUAGCACGAUUAGCUUUUGUCUGUGAUAGAAAUUGCAAGUAUCUUUUCCCACAUUGACUUUGCUGCUAGUGAUUUUUGACGUUGAAUUUGUUUUCCUUUACGUCAUCACAUUGAUCCGUUUGUUCUCACUGCUUUGGCUCGGAGUUGCUGUGACCAUGUGUGCUCUGACAGAGGCUGCUUCACACGUGUCCACUUGGCUUUUUCUAACACAGAAAUGUGUUCUUGUGCAUGCAAAGAGCCUUACUGACCACACUGAGUACUCCCUCUCUUUGAAUGUAUUUCCAUGAUAUGUUGGAAACAUGCUAAUGUUCAGAAGAUUUUGUUUUCACUUAUGCUGAAUAUAUCUAGAAUCAGAUGAAUUGUCUGUCUUACAAGGCGCAGGGUACCACUUGGGUUGGUGUGUGAAGUACACAGGGAGUAUAUGUCUUUUGAAUUGUUUUAUUCUUGUAAUCUAACUCAAAGAAAUGCUAACUAGGAGGGUGCUGAGGCCACUCUAAUUUUAUGUGUGUGUUUGUGUAGAAUUCUAUUGUCAAAAGAAAGCUAAUGAAUAAAUUAAACAAGUAUGUCAUUCUACAAUUUACAUUUUUGAAGUUACCAUGAAUAGUACAUAGAUUGUGUUAAUCCCCACCUACUACACUUUAAGUCAGACUUAAAGAUUUUGUCUCUCAGUUCUGUUGAUGUCAUUUGCUAGACAUGCUUUAUUUGAUUAUGUUUCCUAUACAAAUGCAUAACAGGAUAGCCUAUUAAAUAAAUUUAAUGUUUUAUUUUUUAAAAAAUGAGUUUUCCUGACCAGCACGAGUGCUGACAGCCAUGAAUGUGAGCUCUGUAAAUCUAGUACAGGAAAACAGGUUGGAAGCUGAGAAAGAGUGUGACGUGUUCGCACUGCUGACUCCUCCGUGCCUGGAUCCGCUCCCACCUCCUCCAAGCUCCUUGAGCUGGGAUUGGGAUGUUGUGAAUCUAUGCCCGAUCUCUUGCACAGGCUUUCCUGUUGCUUGACAGUGAUGUGGCUGACUGCAAUUAGAUUAAAGGGUUUCUGAAACAAAGCCUGGGCUGGGGGCUUUCUCAGCGCCUGCCCUGGAGGAGUGGCCCCGAUGUACUUGGGGAAAGUGUUAAAGGCAGACAGGUUCUCUGGGGGCACUAUGGUUUUGGUAUAAGGACACUUUUAAAAAAAAUUAUUUGAAAGGCAAAGUCAUAGGGAGAGAGAAAAAGAGGGAGGGAGGGAGAGACAGAGAGAGAGAGAGCGAGAGCGCGCUUUCAUCUGCUGGUUCAUUCCCCAAAUGGCCACAGCAGCCAGGGCUGAGCUUGGCUGAAGUCAGAAGCCUGGAACUUCAUCCUGGUCUCCCGUGUGGGUGGCAGGGAGUACUUGGGCCAUCUGCUGCUGCUUUCUCAGGUGCAUUAGUAGGGAGCUGGAUCAGAAGUGGAGCAGCUGAGACUCAAAAUUGUGCCUAUAUGGGAUCCUGGCGUUGCAGGCAGUGGUUUAACCCUCUGUACAAUGCCAGUCCCUACAAGAUCACUUGUAGGGGAGUGUAUGAGUGUGUGUGUGUGUGUGUAUGGGCUUCCUGUGGCUGCUGUAAAAAUCAGCGCAAACUUGGUGACUUCAUACAAGAAAGCCUCUUUCUUCUAUGGGUUUGGAAGCUAGAAAUUGGACAUCUAGUCAUCAGUGGUAUUUGCUUCUGCAGGCUCUGAGAGGAUCAACCUGGGCCUGCCUUCCUAGCUUCUGGUGGUUGCUGGCAUUCACCGGUGUUCUCAGCUUGUUGACCCCUCUUGCAGGUCUCUGCCUCUCUGACCACAUGGCCUUCUCUACUACUUUUAUCUGUGUAUUCUCUUCUGUUAUUGGAUGUAGGGCCCACCUAGGCAGUCAGGAUCCUUACCUUCAUUGCAUGUGCCAUGACCCUUUAUACAAAUAAGGUCAUGUUCACAGCUUCGGGGUUUGGAUGUGUGUGUGUUUCUGGGGCCCUUGCUCACCGUAGAAUGGGGUAUUACGUGCCAGGGCCCACAUGUUAGGGCAAGUGCAGACUGAAGGCAGGUGCCUUUGAUUCUUUAAGUCCAGCAGUUCUGCCAGAGGGACUCUACGUAGGUUGCUGAUGGCCACCAGGCUGCAGAGUUUAGUAUGGGUUCAGCCUUUAUAGGUGUGGGGCCAUCUAGUCUCCAUCUGGGCCAGCUGGCUGCUGUUUCUACUGUGCUUCAAGCCCUUCAGUGGCUUUCUGUCAUUCUUGAAACCGAAGGCCCACGCAACCCUGGCUCACAAAACCUUUGGGCUGCUGAGCCCUUGUUUCCUGUCCUUCUGCCAGCCUGCUGGGCCAGCCACGUGACACUGGACUUUCCCUCCAACAUGUACCACUUGUCUUAAGUCUUUGUCCUGAUUGUCCCCUCUGCCUGGAAGGUUCUUUCCACGAAUCUUUGCGUGGCUGAUUUCUUUCUGUCACCCAAGUCUAAGUUUAAACAGCACUUCCUUCAUCUAAACGUAGUGUUUGUCUUCAAUCCCGUUGCCCCUUGCCUGACAGUUGAAAUGACCAUUUUGUUUUUUGUUUUCUCUCUUUCUCCACUAGAGGGAGAGCAGAGGCCUAUUUGUCCUGGUCAGGCAGAAUCCCUGGGACAAUGAAUGCUCAGCACAGAGUGGCACAGGCUUAUCUUGAAGCUCCAUCAGGAUUUCUGUCACUUUUUAAAAAAAAAUUAUUUAUUUAUUUAUUUGAAGGUCAAAGUUGAGAGAGAGAG